UAUUGAAGAUUCAAGUGGCGUAACCGGUCUCAAACGAUAAAGGUUUUUGAAGAUGAUUCAUUCCGAAUUGAAACUGAUAUCAAAGUCAGCAGCCACACGCAUCAGUUGUUAUCGACUUACGCUUCGAGGAGGACGUAUUCGUUUCAUAGUGAGUGACCAAAUACGCAACAACUAUGUCAACCUGUUCUGCAAGUGAAAAUAAUGUAGAAUCAGUUGUUCGCGUUGUGGAUUUGCGAUCGGAUACCGUAAGUUUGCCAACUCCCAACAUGCGUAGGGCAAUCUAUGAAGCUGUUGUAGGGGAUGAUGUUUACGGUGAAGAUCCGACCGUGAAUGAAUUGGAGCGAAGAUCUGCGGAAAUGUUUGGCAAACAAGCAGCACUUUUUGUUCCAACUGGAACAAUGGGGAAUCUUCUCGCCGUGAUGGUGCACUGUAGCAGACGAGGUACCGAAGCUAUUGUCGGUGAUAUGGCACACAUUUUUCUGUACGAACAAGGAGGAGCUGCUCAAAUUGGUGGGGUUCUUCUAAAUACCAUCAAAAACCAGCCAGAUGGAUCGUUUGAUUUGAGCGAGUUGCAGAAAAAAUUCCGAGGAUACGACGUUCAUGAGCCACAGACGGCUUUAGUAUUGGUUGAAAACACUCACAACAUGUGCGGAGGAAAGGUUCUCCAAUUACAAUGGCUUGAUGAUUUAUCGAAAAUUUGCAAGGAAAUGACUGCAAAAAUUCAUAUGGAUGGAGCUCGUAUUUUCAACGCAGCCGAAUACCUCGAGGUUCCGGUAUCACGCAUUGUACGGGAUGUUGAUUCAAUUUGCUUUUGCCUAAGUAAAGGACUUGCGUGUCCCGUUGGAUCAGUACUUGUCGGGUCUAAUGAUUUCAUCAAGGAAGCUCAUCGAUUACGUAAAGCUUUAGGAGGUGGCAUGCGGCAAGUUGGUUUUCUAGCAGCCGCUGGGUUAUGUGCAUUCGACGAAAUCAUUCCCACAUUAAAGAAAGAUCACGAACGAGCUCGGAGAAUCGCACAAUAUAUUCAGGGUAUGAAAAGUCCGUUCUUUAAAGUCGAUGUAGAAAACCUCCAUACCAACAUUGUAAUGAUACAAAUUUUGACGAAUAAGAUAAAAUCUUGUGUCUUCGGUAAGAGAUUGACUGAAGUUUUACCUCGAGAACUGGAGCUCGGAAUAGUGGACACGUAUGGUAACGGAAUCAGUGUUAAAGUCAGUGCACGUGACUGGUCGUUUGCGCGAAUUGUUGUAUACACCAACAUUACAGAUGAAGAUAUAGAUCUAGCAAUUAAAAAAAUUAAAUAUGUAAUAGAAGAAUUUGAAAGUAAUAUGAAAUAAAGAUUUAUUUUACACUUAUUGUAA